AUGCAGGAUGAGGUGGAAUAUGAUCUCGUGAUUGUUGGAGCAGGUCCUUCCGGCAUAGUUUUAGCUCGCUUCUACCUCUCCAUUUAUCCCACUCAUCGUCUCGCUAUCCUUGAACAAGAAGAUGUUAUUGGAGGGGUCUGGAGUUCCGCACGUCAAUACCCAGGAUUUCGCUCCGAAUCUGGUCUUCGCAUGACAGGUUUCUCGGACAUACCUAUUGUUCUUCCUCCAGAUACAAAGACGUAUCAUGAUACCUUUGAGGCGAAAUACGUGACGAAGUAUCUAGAAGAAUAUGUAGAUGUACAUGUUUAUAAUGAGAAGAGUUUGAGGGAUCGAGUGAUCUUUGGCUUCAAAGUAGGAGGUAUUGAGAAGACUAAUGGGAUCUGGUCGAUUUGGAGUGAAGUCCACGAGAAUGGAAAAGGAAAUGAGAACAAGAGAAUGAUCAAGACCAAAAAGCUAGCUAUAGCCACUGGUCAGAAUUCUCUUCCUUACAUCCCGUCAUUCCCUAAUCAAACGAACUUUCAAUCCCCCAUCGUCCACCAAAAACACUUUGGACAAAUAUCUACAUCAGCCCUAGCACCAGAUUCCCCAUAUACGGCGGUAACCAUUCUUGGGGGAGGUAAAUCCGCUGCAGAUAUGGUAUACGAAUGUGUUAAAGCGGGCAAAAAAGUAUCCUGGCUUAUCCGCCAAUCAGGCGAAGGACCCGCCAUAUUCGCCGGCGCCAAAGGGCGAGGUCAGUAUCGCAACGGUGCGGAAAUGUCUGCCACGCGAGCAUUUUCCGCAUUAAGUCCUUCGUGUUUCGCGGAGCAGACUUGGUUGACAAGAUUCAUUCAUCGCUCGUCGAUUAUAAAUUCCAUCGUGUCGAGGAUCUGGAGAGGUGCAGAUGAAGAAGCUGCGAAGCUUGCAGAUUUCGAGAGAGAGGAUGCACUACCCGGGUUUGAGGGCUUGAAAUUUGAGAGUGAAAUUUUUUGGUGUAAUGGCCCACUUGGACUUAUCCACCAUGAUAAUUUCUGGGAUACGGUGGCGAGGAACGUGAGGGUUUAUCGGGGGGAUAUUGCAAAGCUGGAUUCUCAUGCCAUUGUACUCGAAAACGGGACGGUGAUUCAUACAGAUAUGUUGUUAUGUGGCACGGGGUGGAAGCGAGGAUAUCCCUUUCUGACACCUGCACAAACCUGCGAGUUUGGAUUACCCCAUCCAGUAAUCGAUGAUUCAGAAGAAGAAUCGCGCAUCUGGGAGUCUCUCACUCAAAACGCAACGCAGGAAAUCCUCUCUUCAUUCCCGAAACUUCGGAAUCCGCCUGGUCCAUCACACACUCAGGACCAGCAUGAAACUAACCAUGCAGUUGCAACCACCCCCACGCGUCUCUACAAUCUCCUCGCUCCCCUCAACGAUUUAAAAAAUCCCUCUCUCGUCUUCCUCUCCCACAUCCAUCUCUCCAAUGCCUUCCGACUCGCCGAAGCCCAAGCUAUCUGGACUACCGCCUAUUUCUCCUCGCAUCUCUCUCUUCCUCGCUUGCAAGAAGCGAGACGCGAAAUCGCAUAUCAGAAUACUUUUUCGAAAUUGAGAUAUCCGGCGCAUGGGGGACGGGGGAAUUAUUUUCAUCUGGAUUUGGUGGGGUAUACGGAUAUGUUGAUGAGGGAGGUGGGGUUGGGGAGUCAUAGGAAGAAUGGGUGGUGGGCGGAUUUGGUGGGACCAUGUGUGGCGGCGGAUUAUGGGGGGAUGAGGGGGGAGUAUUUGGGGAGGUUUGGUGGGGGUGGAGGGGAGGGGGAGAGAAAGGAGGAGGAGGGGGUGGUUGGGUAG